UCUCGAUUGUAUGAUAUAAUAAUUCUUUUGUAAAGCCGGCAGCUUUAGAUGCUAGUGCUAUAUGUCUUGUUUUUGAUUUUUUUUUUAUUGUCUAAAUUAAUUUACAAAAAGUGAAUUAUUAUUUCAGUUACUUGUGACACACCCAACGAGUAUGACCACUGCCGAUAAACAAUUCCACGAUGUACUGAGCCGUCUACUUCGAGACUACCCGGACUUGUGGCGAUAUCAGCGGGGGCCGAUUAAAGGCAAGUACGAGGAACUGGCCGGCAAGGUAAGCGAGGAGCUGCACCGUCCUGUGUCUGCGGAAAAGGUGCGAACCGUUUUGAAAAAUGUCAGGCGGCAUCUGCAACGGCUCGAGAAAGGGCUGUCUCGGAGGACGGAUUACUGCGCAUAUCUGUGGUAUGCGCGAGAACUUGAUCUUAUGCGGGCCGCGGAGGCGAUGUCGAAACUAAUUGAGGAGAAGGAAUUCUUCCAAGAAGAGGUCAUGGUGAAUGUAGGUGAUGCCUUUAUCGAUGAAUUGGCACAAGAACAUACCGUCUUUCUAAGGAGUAGAGUCCAACGCGCGUCAGCUCCUCCGCGAGUCGGCUCUUCCGCGCAUCAGCUCCUCCGCCACACUCUCCCCGCGCGUCAGCUCCCCCGCUUUUCGCGAUUUUCGAUGUAUUCCAAUGAUUAAGACGAUAUUUCUUGAAAUCGAUGUUUACAAUAACAAGAAGAAUUAACAGAAUGUAAAUAUAAGAAAAAGAAGAGGCCUUUUACGAAUUGUAAUGAAAACCGCCUCAAAACGACUAAGUUAAAUAUGCCUGCCACCGAAUCGUUGAAGCGUUUAACAAGCGC